AUGGCGUCUGCCAGAGCCCAGCGUCGGAUACCGCUACCGGCGCAGUCGAAGUACGAGCGUUACUUAGGAAGCAAAGGGCUCAUUUCCGAGGGCAGCGCCGCCGCCCCCCUUCCCUGGGCUGAGCCCCUCCCCGGAGCCGCGGCGCCCGCGGCGGCGCGCCCGCUUCCGGGCGGGGUCCUUCCGCGCAGCGGGCCGCCGAGUCCCGCCCGCCGGGUCCCGCCCGAGCGCGCCGGCGCGGGUCAGGCGAACGCCACGGGCAGCCCUAGCGGGGCCCUGCCGGGCGCUCCGCCCUUCCGGCGCGGGCGGCGGCCGAGGAACCCGUGCGUGGAGGUGGAGCUGGUGAUGGUCCCCUCCACCUCGGCUCCCUGCUCUGCCACGCAAGGGCCUGCCAAGUGGCGCAGCAAGGCCACAGGGAUUGCAAGGGCGGUCCUCAGCCUGGCUUGGCAUCUGGCAGGUGCCCUUGUCUCCCUGUGGAGACAUCUGCUGAACACACGCAUCUUUGCCAGGCAAAAGAUGGGCCCGCAGAGCAAGAGGUUCUUGAAAGUCGUCUUCCUGUGGCUCCCAGUGGCUCUGGCUGGUGCUUACUGCGCGACCUCGCUGCCGGUGUGGACAACGCAGGCAAAGGGACUGAUAGAGGAGCUGACACGCGUGUCGUCGGCAAACCUGAAGAUGCUGUGGAACUUGCCCGUUUUGGUGGCGGAGGAAACCCAAAAGACACGCUCUCUGCUGGAGGAGGUGGCUCAGCUGAGGGCACAGAUCCGCAGUUUGAAGGAAGCUCAGGAAGUGAACCAGGCAGCGUCCAAGAAGGCUUUGGGUGCCUACAUCGAGAUGUCUGACUGGGCCCUGGAAAGCUCUGGUGCCACCAUUGACACGCAGAGAACUUCCGAGACCUACGACUGCCAAGAGAAUUGGGGCUGCAGGGUUUUAUGGUUCUUCCACGCUGCCAAGCCUCCUGAGACUAUUUUGCAGGCGGAUGUUUCCCCAGGAAACUGCUGGCCUUUCCAAGGGCAUCAGGGCCAGGUGGUCAUCAGGUUGCCAGCACGAGUCCAUCUGACUGCCAUAACUGUGCAGCACAUCUCCAAAGACGUGUCUCCAUCUGGGACCGUCCUCAGCGCCCCCAGAGACAUCGCUGUCUUUGGAGUGGAUGCGGACGGAGAAGAGGAAACUCUCCUUGGGACGUUCACGUACGACGUGGCAAAAGAGUCUAUUCAGACCUUCCCUCUGAAGAACGCGCCGCUUCCCAGAGCCUUUCCGUCUGUCAAACUGCUUGUGGAGAGCAACUGGGGAAACCCAGCGUACACCUGCAUUUAUCGAGUGCAGGUUCAUGGGAAGAUGGCGCAACCAGAGAGCCCCAGGUGAAACCAGAGAGGAAAAAAAGUCAAACGUGAGAAAGAAGAAGAAGGGGAGGAAGACCAAAUAAAUCUAAAAGAUGUGGCAAUUGAGAUGGCUGUAGAACUGUAGAAGAUUUGUCUCCAAAGCGGGAUGCUCAAGACGUUCCACACUGCGGGAGGGGAAUUCGGGAGCGUGUGGAAAAUGUUAGAACUUGUAUGCAAUUUUUUUCUUAAAAACGAGGAAGAUGGGAAGCAUUGCCAAGACUGAACCUAGAGAGGGGAGGCCCAGCCUGUCAGCGCUCCUCCCGCCGCCCCCGGAGGCUCCGCAAGCGGCCCCAGCCCAGGGCAGGCCGAAGGGCCCGGCUUCAGUUCACAAGAGGGAGGCUGGCCCCGCCCGCCGGCCCGCGCGGGCUCUGCAGGAGCUCCCCCAGGCGCCCGCCCACCCUCUUCCCGGCUUCUCAGCCAAUGGCGCCCGCCAGGCGGGGACAGGCAGGGCCCCCCGCCAACCACCGCAGCGCCCCUUCUCUGGCCCCGCCCCGCUGCGGCCGCGUGCCAGCGGACGAGCACGUUGCUACGGGCGCGCCCGGAGCGCCAGCCAGGGCCGCGGGUUCGAGUCCCGCCGCUGGCUUCGAGGCCCGGCGAGGUCAAGGAAUGAGGCGCUUGCUGGCGUGAAUGCCUCACGUACCAGCCACAGGGCUGCCCGCGCAGGAGGGGAAAGCUGGUUUAAUGGGAAAUUGUAGUGAUAAUUGGGUUUGAAGUACGGGUGCUUGUCAUAGCUCUUUUGGUCAGUUAUUAAGAGAAAAAGAAUUUUGCCAAGGAUGUUUUCUUGUUGGGGGGGUCCGAGUCCCCUGCCUGGUUUGGAAAGGGCUUCGAGUCCCCGAAGUUGACCAAGCGGGUUAGAGUCCCACUGAAUGGGGUUUGAGUCCCCAGUUUGGCCACUUGUCUUGACUGGUCUCUGAAUUUUGGCGUGGUUAUCAGAAUAUGGAUUUAUUUUUGCAUGUUUGGAUCAGAUAGUUGUUUUGGAAGUCACAUUUAAUAUGGGUGGGGAAUCGUCUAAAGGCACCGUCUUAAAGAAGUCACCUCUAGGGCGUUGACUGAAGCAUUGGAAGGGGGGUGGGGGUGGGUUCGAUCCCCUCACAAGGAUGUAGUUUACUGAGUAUUGUAAUCAUUGGUUGCCGAUCUAUACUUUGAAAUAUAAUACUAUAAUACUACUAUAUUAAAAUAAUAUGUAUUAUAAUGCAAUAAUACCAUAGUGCGGUUGAUGAUGUUUUGCAAAAGAGAAGGAAAAUGGGAUGAGAUCCCAUACGCGGGUUGGUUUUUCACGUUGCAGAGCAGCGAUUGGAAAGGGGAAAAGAUCGCGGAUCGAUUAGUAAGGAUGCAAAUGUUUUGGCCUUAGAACAAUGUUGGGACAAACCACCCGCGUGAUGUUGUUCUGCAUGUAGUAUUGGUAAAAGGAGGUGUAAAAUACAAGGAGCUGGUGGAAGAGGAAGAUGAUGUAGGAUGACUAGUGUCUCCGGCACAGGGAAGUCUACAGGGAGGUAACGAUCAGUGUGGAAACAGGGAAGUUGGACAAGUGGAUAUGGGGGUGUAAAUGGUGGUGCUGAAUCACAGAAUCACUAAGGUUGGAAAAGACCUCUAGGAUCAUCAAGUCCAAGCCCCGACCCAACACCACCAUGUCUCCUAAACCAUGCCCUGAAGGGCCACAUCUGCACGUCUUUUAAAUACCUCCAGGGAUGGUGACUCCACCACCUCUCUGAGCAGCCUGUUCCAAUGCCUGACCGCUCUUGCAGUAAAGAAGCAGUUCCUAAUCUCCGAUCUAAACCUCCCCUGAUGCAGCGUGAAGCCAUCUCCCCUCGUUCUAUCGCUAGUAAUAGAAAGUGAAGGGGGGCCGGAACGUCAGUGCUGUAGCAGGAAGAACUAGGAGACGGGGGGCAGUGCUACAAGCACCCUUAAGGCAGGCCGUGGGUCCGCCAGGAGGGUGGGUGCGGGUUCAAGUACCCUUCUCAGUAGCAGGCUUAUGGGCUUGGAAGGAGAUGGCUCGAAUGUAUGGGGAAGACGCGGCAAAGGUGGCAAAGGUAUUGGAAACUGUUGUGGAGAAUCAGGACCCGGAGUGGAAGGAGAUACAGGUGGUCUUGAAUAUGUUGUUGAGAGAUGAGGAGCAGAGGCUGUUGCGGUUGAGGCUGGGGAAGAAGCAGAGAGGGUUCACGCUCAGGAUGCACAGGCAGGAAGGCUGGAGGGUCAUUCUUGCCACCACCGAUCUGAAUCGGCACCUGAGCAGUCAGGCACAAAGGUUAUUGUGAACUGAAUAGCAGAGGUUGAUAUUGUGAGGGGCCUCUAGGCAAGAAUGCACUCAAGGACGUAAUCUCUGCGAGCGUGACGGGGAUGCAAACGACCUAGCAGCUGGCGCCAGUCGAAACCAAGACAGAAGGAACUAUGGACGUCUCCAUCUAGAUAAGAGUCACAACACCCGGUGAAACCGACACACCUUGCCCCACGCUGUGACAAGAUUACUUGAUGGGCCACCUCAUGACCAUAUGUGGAAGAAGGACUCAGAGUUCAUGGAAAGGACAGAAAAAACACCCCUUCAGCAAAGCACUAGGGACCACCCGAUACCUCUUGGGGGGCUUCUGAGGGGCUUAAAACGCACGGGUAAUUAGGAAGCAAGUGUUAGAAUUAGUUCCAGGAAAGCUAAUGCAUAUGUAUAUAACCGAGCAAGCUAAGCUUUGUCUAUCCCGCCUUGUGGUAUGCACGCUAGGAGGAAUUAUCCCCUGUGCGUCUGGCACCGUAAUAAAGAAUGCCCGCUUCGUAAUACUACACUGGUGUUACGGAGUUUUAUUCCCGAUUUCGGUCACACCACGGCAGCCGGGCAGACUGCAGGGCGGGCUGUGGGGCGAGCAAUAAGCCCUGGGCCAGCUCUUCGGGGCUCCCAGGGCCAGGCCUUGGGAGCCCUGCUUUCCUGGAAGUGGCUAAGGGGAAGUAGUGUAUUAAUUCCUUGUUUUGCUUUGCCUGUGAGGACAGCUUUUGCCUUACCUGUUAUGCUGUCUUGAUCUCAACGCACAAGUUUUCUCACUCUUACUCUUCCAAGCCUCUCCCCCAUCCCUCCAGGGCAGAGAGGUCGAGCAACUUAGCAGCCUACUGGUGUUAAACCACAACAUCCAUACGAGGUAACUACAGCCUUUGAUCCAUGAAGUAUCCCUAACCUCAAACACCGAGCUGGUGAUCGGCUCAAGAUUUGGUAACUAUGGUAUCCUAAAAUCGAUGCAUGUGUAGCCAAAGCCUCAUUUAGAGCAGCCUGGGGUGGCCUCAUUUCUUGCGAUUACCCAGAAAUGGCCCCUAUAGCAAACCUACCCUCAAAUCAUAGGAAGAUUCUGAACUGCAUCAACAGAAUCAACCUAAGGCUGGUCCUAACCCAUUGUGACGGAUGUGCUCGACCCCUUGACCAGACUGGUGGUGCGUGGAAUAAUGGCUGGAGGUGACUUAGACACUGAGCUUAUGUUUUUAGAGAAGGUACAGCGCUGAAGAAGCUUUCAGGGUGAAAUGCAGCUGACGUGCGAGGAAGCCGUUCCGUGAAAGUUCCCUGGUAAGCUUAGAUGUCAGCAAUGCCAGGAGAACUUGGCGUACUGACUCUGAGAGGAGUUGUCCGGAGGGCGGAGCGGUGUGGGGGCAUCGCGGCCGGGCUCUGUGAUAAACGGGAACUCCAGGUACCAUGGAGCUGGUACGCCGCACAUUUGCGACCCUGGGCCAACGGUCCGUCAUGCUUUUGACUAAAUGCUGUCCUUUUGGUGAACUUUGCUCACUAUAAUAUCAUUCUAAUACCAAAACACACCUCCAUCCCAAAAGUUACCCACCUCUAAGGUGCGGCCACCCCUCACUGGGCACGCGCUUUGAAUUUUUCUAGCCUACAUCUUUAAAAGCAAAGCGAGGAAAUUUUACGCCAGUCAUAAUAAAGGGAUGUAUGACUAGAGUCACUCAAGCUCCACCUGAAAGAUAAAGAAUAGUAUGAAAUUUGUGAAGAGAAAGAGGGUGUCAGGGAAGAUACCAUCGCGUACCACUCUGACUUCUGGGACCAGUCGAUGGGCUGAGCCUCUCUUAGCCCGCGGUGGGAUGCCUUUGGGUAAGAUUGGAAACCUCUACAGAGUCACUUUAAAUCUGUAACGUAUUAGAGUUGCUUUGCUUCAUAGUAGAGUUGCUUCAUAUUUGUUUAGCAUACUUGUAGCCCAGCAGUGUACUCAUAUCCUCGGCAUUUAUGUGCGUCUUGUAACCAGCAAUCUUAUCACCGGUGACCCAAAGAACCUGUGUAUCUGCCGCUUUAAUAAAUCGCACUAUUCAUUGA